GGUUUCUCAGCGCGGUAUCUGCCGCGGCGGUUCCCUGCUUCACGUUGCCUCCCAGCGAGAGGUGUUGAAAAGCCCGCCGAAGGCUGCAGCGGGCGAUAGGUAGCAUCCACCCAGCCCUCGAGAAAGGGGGGCGCCGCUUUGCCUGGGCUAGGGCGGCGGCGGGAGCAGCUCAGCCUCCUCGACCUCCCUCCCCAGUGACUGGCGAACAGUUCCCGGGGGAUUUCGCUUCACCGAGUGACCUUGAGCUCAGGGCGCCGCCCAGCUUGUUAUAGUUCCAGGCUACAGGAACUUUGUGAGAAUUUCAAUAUAUAGAAAAAUUGUUCAUGUUCCAGCUGGUAUAUCCAAAGGUCUCAGUAUAAUACCAGGACCAAAAUAUUCUUUGUCCAUCACCCGGCCUUUCACUUAAUGACUCCUAAAAUCUCAUGGACUUCUAAAUUUUAUGUUUCUCCAGGAAGCACCAUGGCCUGUGCUGUUGUUGUGACUCCUGGGUUGUUGCGAGGCUCUGUGGCAGCCGUCUGCACUCAGGCUGCUUUGUUGAGAUUGACAGCCAGCACUUUACGCCACCUUACUCUAACCAGGAUAAUGAAAUCCAAAAAGGAAACUGAUCACUUGGAGAGAACUGCAAGUGUCAUUCGACAGGAGGUCGUGUCGCCAGCUAAGGUAUGCGGAGCUGCUGAUGAGUCCCCGUCAGUGAAGAGUCUCCGCCUGCUUGUAACCGAUAAAGAGUUUUCCUUUAAAGCUGGCCAGUGGAUUGAUUUCUUUAUCCCGGGAGUCUCUGUGGUUGGUGGGUUUUCAAUAUGUUCUAGUCCCAGACUGCUAGAACAAGAAAGAAUGAUAGAAUUGGCAGUGAAACAUGCAAACCACCCUCCUGCCCUCUGGGUUCACAAUAAGUGUACACUUGACUCUGAAGUGGCUGUGAGAGUGGGUGGAGAGUUCUUCUUUGACCCUCAGCCCACAGAUGCCUCUAGAAACCUCGUGUUGAUUGCAGGAGGAGUUGGAAUUAACCCGCUGCUUUCCAUCUUGCGGCACUCAGCAGAUCUCCACAGAGAGCAGGCAAACAAAGGAAGUGGAUAUGAGAUAGGAACAAUAAAAUUAUUUUACAGUGCAAAAAAUACCAGUGAACUCCUGUUUAAGAAAAAUAUCCUCAAUUUAGUAAAUGAAUUUCCUGAGAAGAUUGCAUGCAGUUUGCAUGUUACAAGACAGACUACACAGAUCAGUGCAGAACUCAAGCCAUACAUCACGGAAGGAAGAAUAACGGAGAAGGAGAUAAGAGAUCAUGUUUCAAAAGAGACCUUGUUCUAUAUUUGUGGCCCACCUCCAAUGACGGACUUUUUCUCCAAGCAACUGGAAGACAGCCAUGUUCCCAAAGAACACAUUUGCUUUGAGAAGUGGUGGUAGGGAGCAAGCAAAGGCAGAAAAAAGAAAGAAGUAGGAUCCACUCAGGAUAGUAAGAAAUAUUAUAUCAUUUGUGGCAAGAUGAAUUUACUUCUACUUGAGUUGUCUUAUUUUUUAAGGCUGUGAACUAAGUGACCGGUUGGAGAAUUAAGAGAAAAGCCAGCUGACAGACUUAAAUGAUAAACUUUUUACAAAAACUUCAUUGAUCAAACUAUUUUUUACUAUAUUGAUUUUCUUUUAUUAAUAACAAUGUAAUUAUUUCAUUAUAUACAAUGAAUUGGCCAAUGUAGAUUUUUCUUUUGCCUUUAGGGGAAGAAACAAUAUAUACUUAUAUUUACUCACAGGAAAAUGUGGUUUUGUGUGUGAAGUGUAGGCUAUCUUUAAAUUAUUUGACAGCAAUCCAUAUAUCUUAUGUCCAAUAAACUUAUAAUUUACAUACUUCUUAA